AUGGUGCAGACGCUGAUCACACCGUCCUCGUCGUCUGGCAGCGCUCUCGUGUGGCGCACACCUUUUCCCUUCCCGGAUUCUCCGACAACUGUCGGAUCGCGCACAAACAGCUGGAAUGCCAGAGAGGAGAUCGUGCGCAGGUUCUCUGAACCGGCUUUGGAGUCUGAGAAGGAGAAGUCGGACAAGUAUAUCAAGACCGCCGUCGGGGCUUACAACGACACUGUCGCGAAGCUGAAACAAACACUCAAGAAGGAAGAAGUCGACAGCAUCUUGUCGCCGUCGUCGACACUUGCCGAGCUGCACAAGACUGCGGUCGCAGUACAACGCGAGCAGGCGAAUGUUCUGGACAAGCGGAAGCUGUCCAGGUUUGUCGAAAUCAUUGACCACUAUGCUGGGUGUCUAGAUGUGAUAUCCCAGGCGGGAUCGUUCUACACAAACUUGAUUUGGGGUGGGCUCAAGGUGGGACUGGUGGCUUCCAAGAGUCAUCAUGAGAUGCUCUUUCGGUUCACAGACAUGAUCGUAGAGAUCGGGUUGAACCUGGCCCGGAUUGAGCUCUACCGUCAUAUCUUCCCAACAGGCCGGAUGCUGGAGCUGGUUUCCGAGCUCUAUGCUGCCAUAGUCGAGUUUCUCGGAGAGAUCGUCGUAUAUCUCUCAAAAAAGACCUUGAGGAGGUACUUUACCGCGUUUUCCAAGCCCUUUGCCCUCCAGUUUGGCAGACUAGUCGAGAGGAUAAAGCGGCUGCAGCAAUGCAUCGAAGACGACGCCCGUGCGGGUGCCUUGGUGAUGCAACUCGUCCAGCACAAGAGCCUGGCCCAACACCGCGUCGACUCAUAUCUUCGCCGAAACCAUUUUGAAACUGCACUCAAGGACAUCCAUGAGGGCCAGGUCACACCGCUGUUCCUGGAGAUCAAGAAGACCUUGUUCCACGGGUUCGAAAUCGAGGCCAACUACCAUGAAGAAUUGGCCACGACCUUCAAGCUGACCUCCUCGCCGGCCUGGGCAUACUGGCUCAGCAUCGAGCAGCAGUACGUGCCUUCGAGGUUCUCGCACGAGACGACCAUCGUGCAGGCCGAGUGCGACGCACCCGACGCGGCUACGUGCCUGCAGUGGGUGGCGCAAGCAAGAGCAGAGAGCCCGCACGUCGUGUCGACUUUCCUCCUGUGGGCGCGCGGGAUGACGGCACAGUCUGCCAUAGCGUCGAUCUUGUUCCAGAUGCUCCAGCAGAGGCCGCAGGCCCUCUCGUCGACGGGGCUCACCAUGAAGUCGUUUGCCGCCGCCAACGCCUCCCUCCCCAAGCUCUGGUCGUUGUUCUUGCAUCUCGUCCGCUCGCUCGGCGGCCUGAUGGUGUACAUCUCCAUCGGCUCCGUGGGGGCCGAGGAGUUUGACAUCGUACAGAGGUUCGUGGACCUCUGCCAGAAGUGGGACGGUCCUCCGAUCAACGUCAUCCUCAUCCACCCCUGGGAUGAGAAUUUCGCCAAGACGGAGGAUUGCGUCGACAUUGACGAGAAGUACGACGUGCAUCCCUCGCUUACCACCUCGGAUGCCUUGCACCACGUCGUGCUCCUCGAGCUCAACGUCCACGAGCACCUGUCCGAGACUGUCCAGCUCGUCCUCUGGGAGGCGCUGUGGCGCGAGGUCAGGUACGCAGUCAUCGGCAUCGCGGCCAACCAGGUCGCCGAGGAGAUAAAGAGCCGUGCCGAGGAGCUGGCGGCCAGCAGAGACUGCGAAGAAGAGGACGCAGCGCUCUGGAACUCGAGCAUCUCGAAAUGGGUCAAGAACAAGAGGGCAUUCAACAAUAUGCGAGAGCAGAUCCAGCGGCACCUGAACCUUCUCGAGAUCCACCUGCCCGAUGAUGUUCGGGGCCGCAUCGAGCAGAAAGCGAAGCAGGUGAUUGCGAGCAGGCUUACCGAAGAGGAGCAGAGGGAAGUCACAGCUGCCCUCCGCAACGGCAAAUCCGAGCCCUUGGAAGACGCACAGCGUGAGGAGAUGUGGGAGCACAUCCAAGAGGCGAUCAGGCCCGGGACGUACAAGAUGUUCAGUGCUCCCAUCAAGCAGCUGAUUGGCCAGACUCUAGAUGCGUACCUGGAAGAUCCGCCCGAGACGGAGCGGGAGGCCAGGAGUUUCGUGCAGGACCUGCAGAAGAAACAAUUUGGCUGGAACGGGCGGUGGAAGAGAACGUUUUUGGAUCAGAGGGAUCCCAUCGUUGAUGGCAUCGUGGCUUCCAUCGAGGUUGGAUUUGCGGAUGUUGUUGAUGCUAUCAAAGAGGAUACACUGGUCUGA